CAGCGGGCCCGCCGAGCGGGGUGGUGCGGAGCCGCGGAGCGUUUUAGCGUCGGCCGAGAUGUUGUUUUGUUGUGGCGUUCGGUUCAAUGUGGCGUCACUGUCCGGUCUGACAAAACGGUGUGAAGGAGCUCAGGAGGACACAGCGCCGACAGCUCGUCUCUCCGGCGCUCAGCCAUCCAGGAAAUGCGGACUUGUGGCCCGUUCGCUUCUGGAUAAAUGUCUGCAGCCAACUGCAACACACCCACUCAAACAGUCAUAUCCGCUCUGUCACUCUCCGGCUCUCCCUGAUUGUCUCACAGUGCCUGUGAAGCGUCUCUGAGGGGGAAGACCAGACUCUGCUGUCAGGUAACCGUUCUGCAGUGAUGAUGAUGAUAAUGAGGAAGGAAAACCCCUCAUCAGGCAGCCGGAGGAUCAGCUGAGCAUAACCAGGGCCCAUUUAGAAGCAGCUAAAACUCUUGCGCUCCAACAAAAGACAUGCAUAGAAGACAUUGGGAGGACUGUUAGGAUGGCUGCAGCUGGACAGAUGCACAGCUGCACAGACGAUAGAGAUCUGUGUUUACCUGCAUCCAUGCAGCUCCAGGGCACCUUUUAAUGAUGCCUCAUCUGGCUGUCUUGAAUAACUUUUGGCCCACACUACAAAAGGCCCUUCGUUGUGAUUUAGGACUUAGUCUGUCAAUGUUCCCCUGCCUUUGACCUCCCUGCAGCCAUGUGGUUAGCUCCAUGAGGCUCAAAGAGCCCAUCCUUGUGUGUGUGUGAGGCCUCUUCCCCACUCUAUGGAGGCUGAGCCUAGUCGUCCGGCUGAUGGGGAGUGCUCUGGAAGGCAAGAGAAGCAGCCUGUGACUGCUGAAGCCCAACUAGGAUCUGCGCCACCUCAACAGCCUCAGCAGCCCCCUAAUCCUCGCCCCGUACAUAGAGCCCUUGGCCGACUGCAAAAUCGUACACCUAAACGCACUGACCUUCUGCUUCGCCUACAACAGCAGCAAGCAGUAGCAUGGCAGCAUUCAGAAAUGCCAGGUCCCUCGGGGGGCAGCUUCUUUUCUCCAGCUUCUUCAUCCACCUCGCCUGUCUCUUCUACAUCCUCGACACGGGUUGAGCAUGGUCAUCUGGUACCAUCUCAGUCCAUUCAAGAGGGUCAGGAAGUAUUCAGUUCACCCAGGAAAGGGGAGAAGAAACCCCCUAAACCAGGGAAAUAUGUGUGCACUUACUGUGGCCGUCCAUGUGCCAAGCCAAGCGUCCUUCAGAAACACAUUCGUUCUCAUACAGGAGAAAGGCCCUUCCCUUGUGUCCUUUGUGGAUUUUCUUUUAAGACCAAGAGUAACCUGUAUAAACACCGCAAGUCCCAUGCCCAUCGUAUCAAAGCUGGCCUGGUUUCAAAUCGUGAUGAGCCCAGUUUGAGUGGACCAGAGAGCAGUGUCAUUGGAGGAGAUCCUGAGGAACACACAGAGGGAGAAAGCACUGAGUCUGAAGAGGAGACAGGCCAACACAGAAAGUCCUCUUCUCAAGAGAUGUUGGGCCAGCAGAGGAAAGGUAGUAAGGAUUUGUCAGGAGGCUCAGAUGAGAGUCAGAGACCCGAAGACUCCCAGGCUGUUAAGCAAAGGCUUGCAUUGAGGCUGAGUGAACGAAAACGUGGGCCCAUGCCUUCUCCAGAUGACCCUCCAUCCUCUCUUUCCACCUCAUCAUCUUCUCUAGGCCCUGGAAGUAAAGGCAGCACAGAGUCUGGCUAUUACUCUGGAUCAGGGAGCACUGAAUUGUCCCAGGUUAGCCCGCCCAGUGCCAGUGCCAAAACCUACGCAGAAAUUAUUUUAGGAAAGUAUGGAAGAGUCGGAGGACAGCAGCGCAGUCCUCAUCAGCAGCACCCUCCUCCUUCUCUCUCCACAUCCUUGGGAACAGAGGAGAAGAGCAUUCAGUUUACUGUACCCAAAACUCAAGUCAUAGAACACAUUACCAAGCUCAUAACCAUCAAUGAAGCAGUAGUAGACACUAGUGAAAUUGAUAGUGUGAAGCCGAGACGUUCUUCUCUGUCAAGGAAAAGCAGCACAGAGUCACCCAAAUUUAGUGCCCCUAAAGAUCCUUAUGCAUUCGAUCCCAAAGGAGAAGACCCUGGCCCCAGUGGUUUACGACAUCUACAUAACCCUGAGACAGAUGCUCCAGGUGUCCAGGAGCUUUCAACUGUGCCCCUGCUUAGGAGCCACUCAGUGCCAUCAUCUACAACACAAGAUGACCCCUCCAUCUCUGGCACACUGCCCUCAAGAGGUUGCCGUCUGUCCCACUCAUUCGAUGAGCAACAAGCAAUGGUAGCUGAGAUGAGGGUUGGCCAUGUCCAACGUAUGCUGAGGCGCCAGCCUGCCAUAGAAGUCCCCCUUGGACUUGAGGAGGUUGGCCCUGCCCCCUCUUCAACCAGAGACCCUGGAAUAGUGACACAGCCACAACAACAACAGCUACAACAAAAGAGUCCCAACCUGUUUGUAUGUGAAAUGUGUGGAGCCCAUUGCCAUCACAGUGACGGUUAUGAGGCCCACAAGAGUGCGUGCCCUGGACAGCAGACACUGGAAGAAGAGGGUGGGGAUGCAAGUAAAACAUGCAGAGAGGACCGCCCCCAGAUGAUGCACUAUAAGUUCAGAGCUCUGGCAAUGGCUGUGAGGAAGAGAAGGAAAGAAGAGAGUCUGGAAGAAGAUCCCCCAAGCCCCAGCACUGUAGCUGUGUCGGGAAGCGCUGCAAUUUCAGUACCAAGUCAACCAGAGCUCAGCAAAGCCCUUCCAGGCGUGUCUUCACACACUGAGCCAAAACAACAGCAGCAGGAUAGGAAGUGUGUGUCUGUCAUCCAACACACCAGCUCGUUUGAGAAGCACGAGAGCAUAUCGAUGGAAAGUCAGGAACCGGACCCCAGGGAGAGUCAGCAGACAAAACAACCUGAACCCAAACCAUCACCCACGACAUCGCGCCUCGUACGCCAGCCAAACAUCCAAGUGCCAGAGAUCCUUGUUACUGUUGAGCCUGAUGCCGACAUGCCAUCUGUAUCCCCACCAGUACCUGCAUCCUCAUCCAAGGAGGCAGAGAGGGGGGAGGAGUUCCAGUGGCCUCAGCGUAGCCAGACUCUUGCUCAGCUCCCUGCAGAGAAGCUGCCACCAAAGAAGAAGCGUCUUCGGCUUGCAGAAGCAUCCCAGUCCUCUGGGGAGUCCAGCUUUGAGUCUGCAUCUCUGCCUCGUAGUCCCAGUCAAGAGAGCAACAUCUCCCACACCUCCAGUCUUUCUGCUUCUUUUGAGGACACACCAAGAUCUGAGCCUGCCACCUGGGCUUCCAGCAGCCAAAGCUCUCAGAUGCUUAUGGUGCCAUCCGCUUCUCACCAACACCAUCAAAUACAAAAGGAAAUGAGGCGCUCGGCCUCAGAGCAGGCACCAGCCAGCCCCCAACAAACAGAACAGGUCACAGAGAUCAGGAGUAAGUCUUUUGACUAUGGAUCCCUGUCCUCUCAGCAGUCUGCAGCUUCCUGGAAAGAAAAACGAAAGUGUCUCCUUGUGAAGCAUGCCACUUUAGGUGAACCUGAGCAGGAGGAAGGUGCCAGCACAAGUCAGACAAACAUAUCAGAGAGUUCAAAGCCUGGUCCUUCCCACGCCAGGUAUCCACCUCUCUACUCAAGUGAUGCAAGCUCCCAGUUCAGUCAAGAAGCCACAGGGCAAACCCUACAAUUAUUACACCCACAAAUCCUCCCACUCUCUCAGGAUGUCCUACUCAGUUUGCAGCCUAGAGGUCAACACUUGUUCUCCCCAGGAUCCCUCACACAGAUACUCCCAGUCACCACAGCCAUCACUGAUGUACUGUCCACCCAAAUCAUUCAGAGAGCAUUCUUUCGCACUCAGACAGGACCUCCACCUGUAGAGGUACACCCAACACAAAUUCAAAUGGCUGACCAGUUGGGUAUACCUCUACAUCAAUUUCCUGCCAUAGUUCCUCUCCAGUUCUCCCAAGCUACAGCUACUCAGGCUUUGUAUUUACCUGUUCCACCCAGACUGCCACCACAUGUUGCUUUGCCUUCCACUACAGAGUCUAGACUCUCCCUGUCUUCCGUGUCUCCUGCUCCUACUCAUCAAUCCUUAGUAAGGAUCUCCUACCACCACCCACGCCCAAUCAUUGCCACAUGCCUGGCGCAGCUCACGCCAGUAGUGUCCCUUGUCGUCCCAGUGCGCCUCCAGGCCCAUAUACCUACAUAUGCCAGUGCCAUGUAUACCACCUUGUCUCAGAUUUUGGCUUCAACCCACUCACAGGAAACCAUUUCUUGCACAGCGAUGGUCAUCAUGAGUCAGCUGGAGCAGAACAAGCUGCAGACAUCCUACUUGAAGGUACCCUCACCAGACAUCAAGAGCCUCCUUCCACCAUCUCUGCCUACAGAGCUGUGCGCAGCGUCAGGAGCUAGGGAAGGUUACAGCCCCCUGGGGGCUGGAGGAAGUAAACGCAUGCUCUCCCCUGCUGCCAGUCUGGAACUUAGUACAGAGGCCCAGCGUCACCAAAAAAGGGUAAAAGAGGAAGAGAAGGGAGAGCUGCAUAAGGAGGAAGAAGAAGAGAGUACUGAAGGAAAGGCAGCUAAAGAAGAACAAAGUGAAGCCACUGGGGGAAAACUGGAAGAAGAGGAGAUGAAACAUCCAGAGAUGGUGCCAACUGUGAAAGAUAGCAGGGAGGAUGAGCAGGGACCAAGAAAACAUCAAACGGGUGAUGAAAAAGAAGAGGUGUCUAAAAAAGAUGAGGUGCCACCCUUGGAAGAAGGGGUAAAGAGACCAAGAACUCCCUCAUACCCAAGCCUGCACACCUCCACUUCAGUCAACUGGUGCUAUCUGAACUAUGUCAAACCCAAUCCUUCUGCCCAAAGGGAUCCCCACACUUCAGUAUAUUCCACUUGGAGUGUCAGUGGUCACAACCCCAACUUACCAGGACUCAGCACCAAGGUAGCUUUGUCACUUUUGUGCUCCAAACAAAAGCACAGCUCGGAGACUUACACCACGGCCACGGCCCUGGCGCCUGUCAAAAGCGUACUGGCUCCUGGUAGCAGCAGAACCCCACGUGUAACAGAGGUACAUGCUACCCCACCCAGCUCCCUCACUGAAGUGAAGGGUCCUCCUCAACAUGAAAAGGAGAAAAGGAAAGGAAUGCAAAAAGAGGAAGGGCCUUCCACCUCCAAACAGAGCGAGUUUGUUUGUGUUCGUAUCUUCGAAGGCGGGUAUAAGUCGAACGAAGAGUACGUGUACGUGCGAGGUCGCGGCAGGGGAAAGUACAUCUGUGCAGAGUGUGGCAUCCGCUGUAAGAAGCCCAGCAUGCUAAAGAAGCACAUCCGCACGCACACAGACGUCCGUCCAUACGUUUGCAAACACUGUAACUUUGCCUUCAAAACCAAAGGGAACCUUACCAAACACAUGAAGUCAAAGGCUCACGGGAAAAAGUGCCAGGCGUUGGGAGUGUCGGAGUCGUCUCUGGACGAGCCAGAGAGCGAGGAAGCUGCUGGAAGCGAUGAACGCGUGUGUGGCUCUGAGGAACAGGAGGAGCAUCAGUUUUCUGAUGUGGAGGACUCUGACGACGGCGAUAAUGAAGAUGAUGAAGAAGAGGACUCUGCAUCCCAUGAAGACGUGCCCUCCUCUUGUUCAUCAGACACACAUCCGUCAACAGGGGGGCGGUCCAGCGGCAGUCGACACUCGCAGCAGGACACUCCAGAGCCGCGGUGUCCAAGUCCCAGCCCCGGGCAGGAGCCCUCCCCAAGAGGACUUUGGCCCAGCCGACGAGCAGCCUCACCAGGCAGCAGGAGGGCGCUGUUCUCCAGACGGGGUUGGAAGGCUUCGCCACGAGCCUUCUCCCCCAGCAGUGACAGCUGCUCCCCCAGCCUCUCACCACGCCUGGAGUUGUCUUCGCCCAUCCACAGCCUCUCCCCUAAAACUGAGCUGUCCUCCCCCAGCAGACAUGUCUCACCCUCCCCUGAGAGAGGUCCCUCACCUCUCCGACCCCUUUCUCCUCUAAGACCGAUUUCCCCCAGUUUCCAGCGGUCAUCGCAAGGUUGGACUCCUCCGUCACCGCUCAGGCUGCAGCACUGGACCCCCGGGUACCUGCCCUGGGAGAGUCCAAAGUCUAGUCAUGUGAAAAAAGAAAAAAGUGGAAUAGCAGGAGGAGGGUCAACUUUACCAGAAACUGGUUUGUUUCCACCUGCUUUUAGACUUCCCACCUUUGAGGGUUAUCCCAGCCACCAUACAACAGACAACAUCUUCAGCCAUCUUCCCAUGCACUCCCAGCAAGCCAAGGUCCCUUAUCUGAUGAUUCCCAUCGGCGGCAUCCAAAUGGUACAGGCCAGACCGAGGUCUCACCCCACCACCUCUAUGCCGUCUUCCCCAACGUCACCCCCAACAGAGGGUUCAACGUUGGCCAGGUUUGAAUCAUACUGUGGCAGGACACCUAGAACUCAAGGGCUUAGGACUCCUGGAGAUAGCUGGUCAGAGAACCAGACAGCAGGAACCAGCCAGACAGGAGGGCACAGCCUCAGCGCAGGACCAUUUUGUUCCAAAUCCGACUCUGAGACCACGGACCCAAAGCAAUACGGCAGCUCGCAUAGUUCCGCAGGCACCCACAAGUCUGCUACAGAGAACACCAAAUGCAGUGUAAGAGAUGGUCGUUCAGAAGCGUCGCUCGGUCAAGCAGCUCCCGUAGCCUCGCGUGUCACUGGACAGCAGCCAGAGGAGGAGGAGGAGCCACCACCCCAUGUGGUGGAGGGAGGAGCUAAGGGAGACUCAGCCAGAACAGACAAGAGCGCUUAAGAUGUGGACACCAAGAUGCACCACGUAUCCUGUUUUGCUUUAUUGGUUGCUACACUAUAAUUUUUUCUUUUUUUUUUCUUUUUUUUUUAUUGUUAUGAUGGCUUUGUUUUUAUACUCUUUUCAAUACUAUUGGUAACUUUUUUCUUUUUUUUGCAAUAUUCAGGUUUGUUAUAAAAUGCACUUUUAUCAUUGUGAAAGUUUCUGUAAAUCGCUAUAUAAAUUCUUAUAUAUGGUUAAAUAUGUAAAUGACCAAAAUCUGUAAUCAGAAAUAAUUCCAUUUUUGUUUGUCCAGUAUUACUCAGUGUAGUUUCUUGUGCCUUUUCUGUCUGGGUUUGUUAUAAAAUGUACAGUAAAGAUGGACAAAGAAGGCUGUGAAUUUUUUUUUUUUUACAUAUAUAUAAAUUUUUUGUGUUCUUCUGAAGGGGUGAUAUUUAGUGUUCGGAUUGUUUAUUUUUAAAGGCAAUUGGUUUAAUACCAGUAUGAGUUGCACAAUGGAGACUUUGAAGGAGCAGCAGAAAUGUCCAAAAAUGCACUGAAGUUCUAUAUUUUAUUACAAAAGAUGUUAGAUUAGAAUAUAUCUAUGUACAGGGAAGAGUGCUCAUUAUUUAUUGUUACUUGAUAAAAAGUUAAGGUUUUUUUUUGUACUUUUUGUUAUUGGAAAAAGGGAUGUUUUCAUUACAUCUGUUGUCUUUUACAUGUUAUCCUGACUUAAAUUGGUGACAGAACUGAGGGAUCCAGUUGGUUGGUACAGGAUGAUCAAGUGCCCUGCAGAUUUCACACAGCAAAAUUUCUAGUCAUUGAAGAAAUAAAAACAAAAGAAAAUGUACC